GGUCCGGUACUUUUUCCCUUUUCCCAUCGCGUGUACAAAGAUAGAAAGAGAAACUAAGACGCUCGAAGAAAUGCGUGAAACAAGGACGAUAGAUGCAGCAUACCCAACUUGCCAACGCUAAAUGUUUUUUACUUUUCACGGUUGAUAGCCCUGGGAAUCUAUAGCCGUCGCAAAGCAAAAGUAGGCGUGGUUUAGCCGAACCAUGGACGUAAGAAUAUAUGGACGGAGCGUAAUGUAGGAUUUAUGACGAGGGGACCCAAGCGAGCGCGGUGAGGGGAAAUUGGGUGGCGGCCAUAUGUGAUGACUAGCAGAGAUCGCACGGUCGCAUAGGGAGGGGAUGACGCACACAAGCGAGCGACCGUAUCCGUGUGCGCACAGACACGGUCGCUCGGACAGCACUGCCUCGUGGUAGCGUCGCCGCCAUAUGUGAUGACUACUUUUCCCCUCACUGCUCUGGCUCGGCCACCGCUAACUUACACUCCGUCCAUAUAUUCUUACGUCCAUGAGCCGAACCGUCGAGCGCACACGUUUUUACGACGUGUUGCUUGUGUGCGAGCGUGCGCGCGCAGACCGACUAUCCCCACUCCAUCCCCACCGCCGCGGCACCGUCCGUGCUAACGUUCACGGCUGGGCACACUGCGGCCAUCCCGCCUUCUAUUCCAAGCGCGCACUUGGGUGAAAAGCAGGGAAGAGUCCGCGUGUUCACAUGGUAGCAAGAUUUGUCUUCUGAUAUAAUUCGUGAUUUUGGAUUAAGAUGGAAAGUUUUCCUCGAGGUGGGAAGAAACCUGGAACUAAGAGGUCUGCAACCACGACAUCCAAGGACGAGCUUAAACCUAAAAAGCGUAAAAUACAAACAAAGGAAAAAACUGCAGGCAAAGAAAAAACAAAUAUUGCUCUCAAUAUUGCACAACAAUUCUCUAAACAACAGCUAUGCAAAGGAUACGUAUUGCUUGGCCGGAUUCGUUGUGUGAAACAAUUCGAGUUGAUAGUGUCUUUGCCAGAUGGACUCGUGGGAUCUGUGGAUGUCAGUGAUAUCAGUAAGGCGUACACAAAACAGUUGGAAGACUUAAUCGCAAUGGUCAAGGGCAAAGUACCCGUGUCUUUAACACAUAUGUUCAAAUAUGGCGAUUACGUAACGUGCUACGUCGUAGUUGUACGUGACUUGAGCUCCGACAUACACUGCUCAUUGUCUCUGGACCCGGAAUUAAUAAAUCAAAAUAUUUCUAUCAAUUAUCUCGCAAAAGGUUCAACAAUUGUUUGCUCUGUCAAAUGUAUAGAGGAACAUGGCUAUUUAAUGGACACAGGCAUAGGUGUUGAAGCAUUUCUCGCCUAUGACCAAGUUGAAAAAGGAAAGCAAUAUUUUACAGGUAGUCAAAUCUUGUGUGCAGUCAAGAAUUUUGACACUAUAAGUGAACCAUCUUUCAUCCAAUUGACAGCUAAAAAGACACGGAUUGACAGGGUGAAUUCACACGUAAAAUCUUGGGACGUCUUAACGCCGGGAACAAAACUGUUGCUUCGUGUAACAACAGUGCUCUCCGACGGCCUACGAGUUACGUUUGGGGAAGACAAUGUUGGAUACAUAAAUCAAAUUUAUCUAAGCAAUCCUUUAUCUACAUAUACAGUCAACAUGGAAGUGAUUGGCACGUUAUUGUACAGACAACUACUAGCGAAAUUUGCGUACUUUAGUCUGCUGACCAACGAGUCGGAAAAGGAGAUGUUACGCGUAGGCGAUAUUAUAGAGAGAGCCAAAUGUCUCUACAAAGUAGUCGAUGGAGUAGUCCUCAAGUUAUCUAAAUCUCGUGGUCUACGUGGAUAUGUCGCUUUCCUCAAGGACAAUUCUGGUUUGUAUGACGAUUCAACCAAAUUCGAAGUAGGUUCCACGUAUAAGUGCAGAGUCGUCUCGUACAACUUGCUGCAACACCUUUACGUCUGUACAACGGAUGCCUCACAUUUGAAAGAGAUCUAUUUCUCAGCUUCUGACUUUAAUAUUGGAGAUGUUCACGAUGUGGCGAUCUUUGGUGAACCGACUGAUAACUACGUAGCCGUGGGACUUGGAAUGAUGUAUGGAAUUGUCCCGCGUGAACACAUAUCCGAUAGCGGCAUAAACUGUAUGAAACGACUGGGGACACUCCACAAGGUCCAGGCGAGAGUCCUGGAUGUAGAUCGCGACAAAAAUCGGGUGAACUUCACGCUAAAGCGGUCACUAGUACACAGCCAAUUGCCAAUUUUGCAGGAUUUCGGCGAAGCCAAAUGCGGAUCGAAGUAUCACGGUACGGUCAGCUUUAUAAAUAGGAACGGCUUACUGGUGAGAUUUUACGGGCUGGUAGAAGGCUGGGUUUCGCGUGCUACACUAAACCCCGAUACGGAGCACAUGAAUUGGAACUUUUUCAUCGGCCAGACAGUCACAGUGCGCGUCGAAUCGGUGGAGAAGGACAAGCGAAGAAUGAACCUGACAAUCGUGAAAGAGAAGAAAAGACCAGUCGACCUAUUUGUCGGAGAGAUGGUCAAAGGAACAGUGUCGGAAAGGACCUAUAAAGGGAUAUAUGUGAAGCUACAGACGAAAGAUGACGAAGCUGCCGUGACGGCUUUCUUGCCAGCUGCACACAUGGCUCUGUGCACCGAAAUCGGCGCAGUGCUGACAGCGAGAUACGCUCCUGGAGACGUCAUCAAUAGUAUUGUUUUUGCCACAGCACCAACCGUGCUACUAACACACACUUUAGUGACGCAACACAAAUACAGGAACUUCGACUCGUUGAAAGUGGGUGACAGUAUUCCAUCCUCGGUCUGGGAAAUAUUGCCGAACGGCGUGAAAGUUGUCCUGCCGAUCGAUAAUUAUUUCAAGUUCGGUUUUGUAUCCCGCAAACGUAUCAGCAAUUUCGAGAAACUGCGCGUGAAUCAGAUAUUAUUUGUUAAAAUCACAGCUAUCAAUUCGCAAGAGAGACAGCUCACUUUGACGAUGUCGCUGAAAGCCGUGUACGAGUGUCUGACCGAUUACGAAGACAAGAUGACGACGGCGGUGGGCAUCUUGCGUUACUACCUCAGCACACAGCAGGAUCAAGAAGAUAUCUAUGAGCAAGUGGACAAGCCGAUCUCGUCGGUGUAUCUAGGUCAAAAAGUCGUCGGCGUUGUCGAAGACAUAACUGAGGACAUAGAAAAGGGUCUGCUGUUUCGGGUGUCCGACGGACUGAACUGCAUUGUACGCAAGGAACAUUGCAUCGGCAACCCUAAAUUGGGGGACUCGGUGUGCGGCACAAUCAUGUGGAAGAAUUAUCCGCAUAAUAUCCUCAACGUGACGUUGGUAAAGAGCAUAGGAAACGGUAUCACUUUGCAGAAUAUGCAACUGCCAGAAUUGCCCACCGGGGUUAUGCUGAAAGCGAAAAUCUUGCUCGUUCUCGAUUGGUUCGUACUCAUUCUCGUGAAGCACAACGGCUUGGGACACUUGGCAGCUCUACCUGUCCGUCGACACAUCAACGACAUUGCUCCCGAUCUAACUCCUUACAAGAUCCACACUAAGAUCCGGGUGUACGUUGUAAUGACGAAGAGCGAUACUGGCAGUAUUCCAAUUUGUUUGCUAAAGUCCGCAUUCGAAGUACCGAAGAGCAUGACCGUGUCGAAAAUAUCAGCUACCAAGACCAAGCACGUGAAGAAGAAAAAGGUGUCUGAGCGAGAGGAGGCUCUGGCGAGCAAUCAGAUACCCAAUUCGGUCGAUCAAUUUAACAAAUUGGUCUUGGCGAACCCCGAUAGCUCGCUACUGUGGAUGCAGUACAUGGCGUGUUAUCUGCAGGCUACGGAGAUCAACAAGGCGAGAGCGGUCGCGAGAGUGGCCUUGAAAAAGAUCCACUUCAAGCAGUAUAAUGAUUUAUGGAACGUGUGGAAGGCAUGGAUCAACCUGGAGUCCAGAUACGGCACCGCCGAGUCUCUGAACGACGUGUUCCAGAAGGCCAUAAAGAAGAAUCCGAGAAACAAUCCGAGAGAGGUGUGCCGGCACAUGCUGACUGUGCACGAGGACGCCGGUAGAAAAAAAGAGCUUAUGGGAUUGAUCAAAACCAUAACCGGCAGUUUCGCCAGCGAGUUUAAGUACGAACCCGGCACGUGGAUAAAAUGCUGCUCGGCGUUGCUGAAACUCGGCUUGAAGAAGAAAUCGCGGCGGCUCAUGCGGCAAUCAUUGAACAUCUUGCCCUCAGAGCUGCGCCCUUACAUGCUGAUACAAUUUGGAAUUUUGGAGAACACACUGGGAGACAGCGAAGAAGCGGAAGGUAUAUUCGAGAUGGCCCUGAGUUUUUAUCCCAAACACAGCUACUACAUAUGGUCAGACUACGCCGAUUCCUUCAUAAAGUCUAACAACAUCGAUUUUGCCAGAAAAGUGUUGGAGCGGGCGUGCGCCCAAACGUUUCCAAUGAAAAACAUGAAACCUCUCUUCAUGAAAUGGAUAAAUUUGGAAGUGAAAUACGGUACGCCCGAGGCUGUAGCUCGCGUGCGGCAAAUGGCUGCCGAUUACGGGUCGAAAUGUAUUUAAAUAGUAAAUUGUAAAAUAGUAGAAAUAACUAAUAUCUUUAUAUGAUAAAUUCAUUUAUCAGUUUGUAACCUAUAUGACGAGGAGAAUAUUUCUCUAUUAUCUAAUGCCCAUUCUACACCUAGGGAUGAUCCUACUUUUACCACAU